GCUGGGAGCCGGCGGCGGCGAGGCCUGGCCGCGCUGACCCGUCCGACUGGGGACUCGGCGCCGGCGCGGCUGCGGGUCUCAGGACCCCAAAGCUUCUGUAGCCCUGCGGUCACCAAGGGCCUUGCCUUUGCUUCUCUGGAAUGUCCUGUCACUGAGAGUCAUGGCUGCAGAACAAAUGUGUCAAGAGACUUUCGUGCCCUUGCUCCCUUCCUGGAGACCUGCAAAUCCGAGAGACCCAUCCCUGUGGAGUAGAAGAGCGCCGCCUCAUCAGGAUCAGAAAGAAGCCUGGCGAGCUGCCUGUCAGGGAAGCAUCCAGGAGCAAGGCUGACUGUCCCUGGAGGCACGGAGCCCACGUGCUGGCAAGGCUAGCUGUCUGGCAGGCGGGAGGCUGCAGUGCAUUGACUGUCCAGGUGCUGUGGGGCUUAAAACCCACCAGCCCAUCGCACCGUGCCCACGGACGCACCGUGCACGCCUUCUCCAGACAUGAACUGAAGGACUGCUCUACAAGAGGAAGAUUCCAGAGGCUUCAACCUCAAAGGCCUCCUGUUGGCAGCCCCUGGAAUGUUGACCACUCAGGACCUAAGAGCAAGUUCUAUGUUUAUGAGCGGUGGGGUUCAAAUGGAAGUCGGUGUCACUUUAUAGUCAGUAAUAACGCCGAGUGAGGGACACUAUGCAGGGAGAAGCCUUCCACAGAAAGACAGGCAGGGAGAAGCUGAGGCUGACCGCAAGUUUGCCCAACAGAGCAAGCCUGAGGUAGACCAGAUGGCCAAAUGAGAGGUCUUAGGAAGGAGCACUGGAACUAGUGGUCCUAAGGAAGUUCCUCUAAGUCACGAUACCAAAUAGGAAACAUGAUCUACAAGUGCCCCAUGUGCAGGGAGUUUUUCUCUGAGAGAGCAGACCUGUUUAUGCAUCAGAAAAGUCAUACGGCUGAGAAGCCCCACAAAUGUGACAAGUGUGAUAAGGGUUUCUUUCAUAUAUCAGAACUGCAUAUCCAUUGGCGAGACCACACAGGAGAGAAGGUGUACAAGUGUGAUGAUUGUGGUAAGGAUUUUAGCACUACAACAAAGCUUAAUAGACAUAAGAAAAUCCACACGGUGGAGAAGCCCUAUAAGUGCUAUGAGUGUGGCAAAGCCUUCAAUUGGAGCUCCCAUCUUCAAAUUCACAUGAGGGUGCACACAGGCGAGAAGCCCUAUGUCUGUAGUGAGUGUGGAAGGGGCUUCAGUAACAGCUCCAACCUCUGCAUGCACCAGAGAGUCCACACUGGGGAGAAGCCCUUCAAAUGUGAAGAGUGUGGCAAGGCCUUCAGGCACACCUCCAGCCUCUGUAUGCACCAGAGGGUGCACACUGGGGAGAAGCCCUAUAAGUGUUAUGAGUGUGGCAAGGCCUUCAGCCAGAGCUCCAGCCUCUGCAUCCACCAGAGGGUGCACACGGGUGAGAAGCCCUAUAGGUGUUGUGGGUGUGGGAAGGCCUUCAGUCAGAGCUCUAGCCUGUGUAUCCACCAGAGGGUGCACACAGGAGAGAAGCCUUUCAAAUGUGACGAGUGUGGGAAGGCCUUCAGUCAGAGCACAAGCCUCUGCAUCCACCAGAGAGUGCACACCAAGGAGAGAAACCACCUCAAGAUAGCAGUUCUAUAACUUGCUUUGCUGAAUCACAAACCUUAAAACCCAUAAGUGCCCCUAGGAAGGAAACCCCGUAACCUACAUGGAC